UUUUCACGCACCCGGACCGUCCAGACGGUGGCGGCCGCGUGCUAGUGGUCGUUGCUUCACAUCUUCAAGCAUGUGUACCAAUAGACGGGAGCCGCGGCCCAUACAGGCUGAAUUGCUUUUCGAUGGCAAGCUCCCUUGGAUAGUCCAUAUAUUGUGCAGUCGUCCCCCAAGCCGAGAAACCAAGCUUUGAGAAGACACAGGGCGCCUCACUCAUUCCUACACACUCGUGCUACCUUACACAGUCGCUUAUCAAGCCCUUCUCCAAGCACCAACUCCAAAGUACAUUCGCAAUGGAGGCACCCACGAAGGGUACCUUCCGCCUGGCGGAGCGCGAGUUCCCCACGGUUACCUGGUACCGCGACCCAGCUCUGCGAAAAACCUACAUUUGCUUGAUGUUCGUCGUCAUCACAUCUGCAACCAACGGCUACGAUGGUUCCAUGGUCAACGGUCUCCAGUCGCUCAACGUCUGGCAGGACUACUUCCACCACCCAACUGGUUCCAUCCUUGGUCUCUUCUCCGCCAUCAUGUCCGUCGGCUCAAUCACCGCUAUCCCGUUCGUGCCUUACGCCGCCGAUGGUCUUGGGCGUCGUUGGGGUAUCAUCAUUGGCUGCGUGAUCAUGAUCAUUGGUGUCGUUCUCCAGUCGAUCUCGAUCAACUUCCGCAUGUUCAUUGGCGCUCGGUUCCUCCUCGGUUUCGGCAUUGCUAUUGCCCACGGAUCCUCGCCACUGCUUAUCACUGAGCUUGUGCACCCGCAGCACCGUGCCACGUUCACGACCAUCUACAACACGACCUGGUACGUUGGCUCAAUCAUCGCCGCAUGGUUGACUUUCGGCACCAACCACAUCCCCAACAACUGGGCAUGGCGCGUUCCGUCCAUCAUUCAGGCCGUACCGUCCCUCAUCCAGCUGUUCUUCGUCUGGUUCGUUCCGGAGUCCCCUCGCUGGAUGGUUGCCCAUGGCAAGGUCGAGCUGGCUCACCGUACCCUCGCCAACGUCCAUGCGAACGGCAACAUGGAUGAUGAGGUGGUUCUUCUCGAGAUCCAGGAGAUCAAGGACACGAUCAAGCUCGAGCAAGAGUUCGAGAGCAACGGUUGGUUGGAGCUUUUCCGUACCAAGGGUAUGCGUCACCGGUUGAUCAUCCUGCUCACACUUGGUCUGUUCUCCCAAUGGUCUGGCAACGGUCUUGCAUCCUACUACCUCAACAUCGUGCUCAACCAGGACGGUAUCACCAACACGAACACCCAGCUUGUUAUCAACGGCUGCCUCCAGAUCCUGAACUUCAUCGUUGCUCUUGGUCAGUGCUUCGUCGUCGACCGCUUCGGUCGUCGCACUCUCUUCCUCGUUUCAACCACCGGCAUGCUGUGCGCCUUCAUCAUCUGGACUGCUGCCGCCGGCUCGUUCCACUACCACGCCAACGUCAACGAGGGCAACACUGUCAUCGCCAUGGUGUACAUCUACUACGUCUUCUACAACAUGGCCUGGUCCGGUCUGCUUGUCGGCUACAGCGCUGAGAUCUUGCCAUACAAGGUUCGUGCAAAGGGUAUGACUGUCAUGUUCCUCAUGGUCGACAUCGCGCUUUUCUUCAACCAAUACGUCAACCCAAUUGCUCUCAAGAACAUUGGAUGGAAGUACUACAUCGUCUACUGCGUCUGGUUGGCCGUCGAGCUCGUUGUUGUCUGGUUCUACUACAUCGAGACCCGCUACACCCCACUUGAGGAAAUUGCCAAGCACUUCGACGGUGAAGAUGCUCUUGUUGGUGGUGCUGUCGCUACGGAGAAGUCUAAGCACCUUGCAGCCGAGCUUGGUGGUCUUGAUACUGUUGACGUUGGGGAGAAGAGCGGUCAUGUUGAGCAAAGAGAAUUGUAGAUAUUGUCUCACAUUCU